UUCAGAAGGCUAUGGUUUAUUGUGUAUUCAAUAUUUUAAAAGAAUUGCCACCAUGAAUGCGAGAAUUAAAAUAACUAUCGCAAAUAUUACAUUUAACAUAGAGAAGACAUAAUCACAAACAUAUUCGAACCAUUAACAUGUUUAAGUAGUCAUUCUGGAUAAAGCACAAAUAAUUUGCCACUAUGGCAACGGUAGCACCACAAGUCAAGGUAUCGAUAAGUUUCGUGCGUGACGAUGAGUGCGUGUUGACCUCCCCGAUAUACUACGACAAUGAUUCAGUUGAUGGGUCUUUCCAUAUUGGGCUUGAAAAAGCAUGCGUGGACUCUCAGCAAGAAGUAUCUGUGAGUUUGGUAUGCCGUGUGGCUGAUGAGACAAUCACCUUGGGGGAGGAGCUUUACUCGACACGUCAAGUAUUGCACACUGGCGGCGCCUUGGAUGCCAGGACACAUUCCUUUCCUUUCUCGUUCCACAUCCCUAUGAACAAACUGCCCCCGUCGCUUGUUUUCGAAAACCAAGCGUGUAUACAAUGGGCGGUGGUCGGGCACUACUACCAAUCAGCUACCGGAGAGGUCAUUGCCAGUUUGAGGGAAAUUCAGAAGCAAACACUUUACUUGUCAAGUCCCGAACUCCGGCCGAUAUCUCACGUGAAGAAAAGACUAUUUCGCAUGGGUACCAUGUCGGUUAAGGCAGAGCUCGACAAAGCCGUGUACCACACAAAAGAGGACAUCAAAGUGACCAUUCAAAUCGAGUCAGAUGUACCUAGCAGAGUGAAAGGCAUCGAAUUGUGUGCGAGGCAGAACAAGGUGCUGCGAGCGGAUGGCAGGCUGCAUUUCGUCAACAACAAGAAACCACUCUCUGUCCAAUUAGAUGCUGCACGAACGAAGUUAGGAAGUUCUGAAUCUGGGAACAUGAAGGCAAACGAAACUGUGCCAAAGACUUGGGAAAGAACUCUGAUAUUGAAACCGAGAAUGGACUCACCUCCCAAAAGCGCACGCACGCGGAAGAAUCUUGUUGUCAAGUCAGAGUCUACUGCGGGACUCUGCCCAACCACCAUGUAUUUCUUCAGUGAAGCGGGUACGCAGCUGCUCACGGUACAAAUUACGUACCAGGUGGAGGUGAAGAUCAGACUAAGUGGCAUCAGUAAAAACGUAACGGUGCUGCUACCUUUCAUUAUCAGUGACAGCGUGUCGCUCAACUUAGCGUUACCAAAAUCCCUGCCAAGGGCUAUACGUCACCUAGUAAAACUGGAUGACCGGGCGACAACCGAGUCGCUCCUGUGUGUGUACCAUCUGAAACCACCUCAGAACAAACCUCCACACUAUGCAAGACUCAACGAGGAUAGCAUAGGUAGCGAAGGCUCGUACUCAUCGUAUUCAGAGACGGAUAUGGCCCGAUCAGAUAUGCGGAAGGGCAGCAGUCCAUCCAUGUUAGAAGAAUCUCAGAGCGAAUCAAGGACAACAUCAACGUUCGCCCCAUCGCCCAACUCCCCAGCCCCUUCAUACUCGAUAGUCAAUAAUCAAAGUGACGAGGUGUCGUAGUCUAUUCGGUAUACAGCUCUCACAAACCACGCUCAUGGAAUAUAAGCAACUCGUAUGAAUCAAGGACAGGGAUAGUACGCAACACUUAUGUACGGAUCACAGUGUAUGAGGUACGCCGCUGGCGGGAGCGGGUAAUCAUCGUGAUGCACACCCAUCUCGUAUCGCGCGUGGUAUAAUCUUUCACCGGCACUGUGAACAGUCGUGGAAAGCACUGUGUGCGGUAGCCAUGUCAAAGUCUACACAUAUCAAUGGCACACAUCGCAGCCCAACGGACAUGGGCCACUCCGUGUCUAAUCGCCAGACGCGAUGAGAAAAACUUUUUGAUACCUAAACAGUCAGAGCCUACACGGCAGCUUAGUUUGCUUCUAACUUUGAACAAUUUCGCGCGAUUUCAAAGAUUUAGCACAAAUAUGUGACCCAUUUAGAGCCUUGGUGUGGGAACCCGGACGAGAAUGUACAACCUGAGUGCUUCGAUAUGGAAAACAAUAUUCUACAUACUCGGAAUGUCGCAGUCUGCGGUAGCAGUAAGAUCUGCGACACGCUGGACACAAUCAGAUGUCGGUGUAAUCAAACAAUCAACAAGCGAAGACCUGAAAUAAGUUGGCGACUGCAACGUGGUAACUAAUAUUCCUGUUUUACUUGAACUAGUCUAAGUUCGUUGCUUCCUACAAUUCAGUUGGACUACGAAGUUGCAGAAAAGAAGCACCCGGGGUGUGCAUAUAGACUACAGUAAAUAUGCUCAGACAAUCCCCAGCACUAGAAAACCCACUAAAGUUCAGCCAUCAGCAUGUAAAUAGACUAAUAAAGGCCAAUAGCAGGCCAGCGCGCUAUCCAUACCCCUGAUCUGACAAGUUUGUCUCCGUCUCCGUAGAAUGUACCACUGAUAUCGCGGUGAAAUUCCUGUGCCGGUUAAUUGUGCUACUUUUGAUGAGAGCGUAUAUCUAUUUCUGAAAGCCUCUCCCUCACAAUCGUGGCACUUUAAUUAACAAUCGCUCCACACAUGCUCUUAUUUAUUAUAUAUAUAUAUAUAUAUAUA